AAUAAGUUAAGUUGUGUUGUGUUGUGUUGUGUCAUACGUUCUGUUUUGACAUGACGAGGGAAGGUUGAGUGUUCGUGUGCAACACGUAAAUUAAGAUGGCGCCUGCAGCUGAAUCUUUCAUCCAUCCAUCCAUUUCCCAAACCGUUUAUCCAAUCUAUGACACAGAUGCAGUUGGAGGAUGGCUAGCAAAUCAAAUGCAUGCAAAGUGCGGAAUGCAGAUAUCAACCCAUGCAUAGAGGAGAGUGAUGGUUCUCAAAAAUGUUUGGAUGCAUACAACAAUGAUAAGAACAUGUGUUCUGCAUACUUCAUGAGGUAUAAAAACUGCAGGAAGUACUGGGUAAGUAUACUGAGAAACUACUAAUCUAGUACUUCAUAACUAUGCUCUGUAGAGAAAUGUACCAUUUUGAAACAAAAGUGUAUACAAAAGCUGGAUUCUCCAAAUGUAGAAUUCUAAUGUGAAAAAAUGAAGUACUUACCUGCCCCCUGUUUAAGUACUUCAGGAAUGCCAUAGACGACUCCAUUCUGGAUCUCUUUUUUUAGCCUCAGUUUGUUUGUUACAGGAGGCAAUUGUAACAACAACAAUAAUAAUAAUAAAGGCUAUUUUAUUGGUUACAAAACGAAGUAGUUAAUGCACUUAUAGAGUGCACUUAACUGUCAUGCACUAUAGGGAUUACAGAAUUGAGCCAUUUUUGUACACAGCAAUAGAGUCAACAGCAAGAGCCAAUAUUUCAUAUUGAGUAAUGAGAAAAUAUACCGCCUAGCCCUACCCCAAUCUGCAUCCGAUCCCCAUCUUAAGCCCAAUCCAACACUUGUAUUUU